CUAUUCUCAGCAGAGAGGGCUGUCACUUCCCAUCCCUGUCAUGGUUACAGCUCUUAUAGUUAAUCUUGUUAUGUGUGUAUGUGUGCCUAAACAUUACAUUGUGGAGGGGAUGUAGCACUGAGCUGUUACUGGACUACAAUUCCCAGCAUGCUGUCGGUUGUUAAAUAUCAGGAGAAGGGCCACAGGGUAUAAUAAUAUAAGUGAUGCUUUUGAUGUGAUUGUGGGCUGUUUUUAAUGAAGGGAUUAAACCAGGCAGCUAAGCGGCUCUGAGAAAUCCUUUCCUGUACUCCUUUGCACUCACUUAUAGAGGGGGGCUCUUUUAUAUGGAAAAAGUAGAGGCGUAUACAUAUUUCUAACCUCCAUAACCUUCUGACUGAGGUAAAACUCUUAUUUGUGAUUAAAUCUCUGUGCCAUUAAUUUAAUAGCUUCUCUGCUUGCCAGGAAACCAUUUCAUUUAUUCCAUUUGGCGAAUAAACAAGCUCAGCCUAUUAUGUCUCAGGAACUGCCCUUUAACAUUAAUAUCAAAGAACCACGAUGGGACCAGAGCACCUUUGAAGGAAGAGCCAAGCACUUCUUCACAGUGACUGAUCCACGAAAUGUCCUACUUGGGCCUAAAGUCCUAGAGGAAGCAAAGAACAUUAUACAGAAUUACAGAAAGGGGAUCCCCACACCAGGUUUAACUGAAGACCAGCUAUGGCGAGCAAAAUACAUCUACGAUUCUGCUUUCCAUCCGGAUACAGGAGAGAAGAUGAUCUUGAUAGGAAGGAUGUCUGCACAGGUGCCCAUGAACAUGACCAUCACUGGCUGCAUGCUGACAUUUUACAGAACAACUCCAGCUGUCAUAUUUUGGCAGUGGGUAAAUCAGUCCUUCAAUGCUAUUGUGAAUUAUACAAACAGGAGCGGUGAUGCACCCAUAACAACAAGCCAGCUGGGGGCAGCCUACGUCAGUGCAACUACAGGAGCUGUUGUUACUGCUCUGGGACUCAAAACUCUGACUAAGCAUCUACCAUCUCUGAUUGGGAGAUUUGUUCCAUUUGCUGCAGUAGCAGCUGCCAAUUGCAUCAACAUCCCUUUCAUGAGGCAGAGAGAAUUAAAAUAUGGCAUCCCCAUCACAGAUGAAAAUGGCAACAGACUCGGAGAGUCUACUAAAGCUGCUAAGCAGGCCAUAGCACAAGUGGUGGUGUCUCGGAUUGGAAUGGCUGCACCUGCAAUGGCAAUUCCCCCGGUGAUAAUGAAUGCUUUGGAGAAGAGAGCGUUCCUAAAGCGGUACCCAUGGAUGAAUGCACCUCUACAAGUGGGGCUGGUUGGCUUUUGCUUGGUUUUCGCAACACCUCUGUGCUGUGCACUUUUCCCUCAGAAAAGCUCAAUGAGUGUUUCCAGCCUGGAGCCGGAAGUUCAAGCUCAGGUUCUGGAGAAGAGCCCAGGCACCAAGAUUGUGUAUUUUAACAAAGGACUUUAAACACUGCAACCCAAAUAAACUCAUGUUGUGCAG